AUCGCCGACAGCGCUGAGGCUCCCGCUCUGCUGACCAUCAUCCUCGACACCAAUCCACACGCCUGGGGCCUACUAUCGUCAACCCUCCCGCUAUCCACCUUGGUCGCGAACCUCCUGGUCUUCAUCAACGCUCACCUGGCCAUCAACAACUCCAACCAAGUCGCCGUAGUUGCCUCGCAUUCAGACAGCGCCCGCUUCCUAUACCCAACUACCCAUGACGACCUCAAAGUGCCUCACGGCCACGCCUCAGACAUCCAGAAUGACGCCAACAAGUACCGUCCCUUCGCGCAGUUGGAAAAGGCCCUGACUACCAAUCUACGCGCUCUGCUCCAAACAACCACCUCCGAACACCUCAAACAAUCUACGUCAACAAUGCUGUCUGGCGCCCUGACCCUUGCCCUCACCUACAUGGCCAAAGCCACCUUGAACGACCCAGCAAGAGCAGGAGACGGUGCUUACGAUCAGACAAACACUGCCGGUACCUUUACAACCUCCACCGCAGACGGCACAUCACAGCCCAGCCACACAGGCCUCCAGAGCCGCAUCUUGAUCCUCAGUGUCAGCGGCGAUAUUGCAGACCAAUACAUUCCCAUCAUGAACACCAUAUUUGCUUGCCAACGCCUCGCCAUACCCAUCGACAUUUUGACCCUUUCUGCCCACUCAAAUGCAGAGUUCUUGCAACAGGCUGCCGAUGCGACAGGAGGUGUCUACAUGGCUCUAGGUGAUCGCGUGGCUGGUCUACUGCAAGUCCUCAUGAUGGGAUACCUCCCAGACGCAACAGCACGACGGAACCUCGUCAAAGCUGGCGAAAGCGAAGGCGUAGAUUUCCGCGCUGCUUGCUUUUGCCAUCGCAACAUUGUUGAUCUGGGAUAUGUGUGCAGUAUCUGCUUGUCCAUCUUUUGCCAACCGCCUCCUGAUAACAAUUGCCUUACCUGUGGUACAGCAUUGUCAUUAUCAGGCCAUGCUGCUAAACCAGUGGUUAUCCCUCGUAAAAAGAAGAAGAAGAGAAAGUUUGAUGGAACCACGCCUGCAGACUCACCGACUCCCGGUCCUGAUACACCGAGA